AUGUCACUUGACAAUCUGGAUGCAUUUCCUCAAUUUUUUUAUAAUGAGGAUGAGGUGAAUGUUGUCUCACAUGAAGAUGAAGAUGAGCCAGUGGAACAGAUUGUGGAUGCUGAAAGAUUACAAAAGAAUGUAGAUUUAUUUGGUGAUUUGCAUUAUAAUUAUACAAGCUGCAGACUGCAGGGGCAGAGACUCAGUGCAUACUCCAACAAAGGAGAUGCCAUAAUUGGUGGGAUAUUUCCUGUUCAUUACAAGUAUAUAUUUUUGGAAGCAACAUUUACUGAGCCUCCGAAACCCAUCCAGUGUGAAAUAUUUCAGAUUCGAUCAUAUCAACAUGCUAUGGGUAUGGUCUUUGCUGUAGAAGAGAUCAACCAGAACCCAGACUUACUAGCAAACAUCACAUUGGGAUUCCACAUUUAUGAUUCUUGCUACUCAGAGGCCAGAACACUUGGAAGUACUCUGUGGUUCUUAACUGGAAAUGGAGAGGUAAUUCCAAAUUACAACUGCAACUCCAAGUCAUUGUUACCAGCUAUCAUUGGAGACGAAACAUCAGCCCCAACAAUCUCCAUCGCAAGAAUACUGGGCAUCUACAAAUACCCUCAGGUUAGCCACGGAGCAGUUGUGCCUACCUUGAGUGAUAAACAACAGUUUCCAUCCUUUCUACGGACUAAUCCAUCUGACAAUUUUCAGUCGUCUGGACUUGCAAAGAUGAUAAAUUAUUUUGACUGGAAGUGGAUAGGGAUUAUUGGCUCUGAUUUUGAUUAUGGAGAGAUUGGCAGCAAGAAACUGGAGAAGGAGAUACUUAAGACAGGUGCUUGUGUAGCAUUCUUUGAGACAAUACCAAAAAACAAUUAUAAGAAUAAAGUGGCAUACAUUAUUGAGAUAAUUAAAGCAUCCUCAGCAGAUGUAAUUGUGAUUUAUGUCACUACUCCCAUAAUUGUUACAUUAAUGGAAGACAUUGCUAUGGCAAACAUAACAAACAGAGUUUGGAUUACUACAACGAGUUGGCCAAAUCCACAAGACUUUUCCAAGAAAGAUGUUUUACAAACAAUAAAUAAAACUCUUGGAUUUGCUCACUACUCUGGUGCAAUUCCAGGGUUCAAGGAAUUUCUUCUUGGCCUCCACCCUUCAAGAUAUAUGGAUGAUAUUUUUAUUAAAGAAUUUUGGGGAAAGGUAUUUGGCUGUAAGUGGUCAAAUCAAAACACCAGUCAGGUGAUGAGGAAUGGUGCUAGAGGAAGUGAUGUAAUGUACUGUACAGGUACAGAAAAGUUAAAAGAACUCCAUAUGUCUGUAUAUGAUGUCACUAAUUUUAGAAUGUCUUAUACUUCAUACAAUGCCAUCUAUGCAGUAACAUAUUCUCUUCACAGUCUGAUUGCCUGCGAGACACCAGGCCCAUUUUCUAAUGGAAGUUGUUCAGAUAUUAACCAUUUCCAACCAUGGCAACUCCUUCAUUAUAUAAAAAGUGUGCGCUUCAAGAACAGUGGAGGUAAAGAAAUGUUUUUUGAUAUAAAUGGGGACCCUCCAGCGUUGUAUGACAUAAUAAAUAUUCUGCUGUAUGAAGAUGGUACUAACAAAUUUAUCAAAGUGGGCAGUGUUGCUUCAUCAGCCUCAGCAGGAGGUAUUAUUAUUGAUAAGACUGCCAUUUAUUGGAACAAAGAAAACAAUCAGAUUCCAAGAUCUGUGUGCAGUGAACCUUGUUCUCCUGGUUACAGGAAGGCCAUACGAAGAGGGCAGCCUAUAUGUUGUUCAGAUUGCAUUGAAUGCUCAAAUGGGGAAAUCGCCAAUGAAACUGAUACAGCAGAUUGCUGGAGGUGCCCAUAUGAGUACUGGUCAAACGAUAAACAUGACAGAUGUAUCAUCAGGACCAUUGACUUUCUCUCUUAUGAAGAUCCUUUGGGAAUAACACUAACUACCAUUUCAAUUAUUUUCACCUUACUGACUGGUUCAAUUUUAUGCAUUUUCAUCAAGUUCCGUACUACUGCUAUAGUGAAAGCAAAUAAUCAGAAACUAAGUUAUCUUCUUCUUGUCUCUCUAAUGCUGUGUUCGAUGUGCUCCUUAAUGUUUAUCGGAUAUCCAGUAACACUAACAUGUAUGCUUCGUCAAAUUGCUUUUGGUGUAACAUUUUCAAUUUCAGUUUCUUCCAUAUUGGCCAAAACGAUUACUGUGGUGAUUGCAUUCAGUGCCACAAAGCCCAACAGCAAAAUGAAGAAAUGGAUGGGGCCCGUCAUUCCUUACUGCACUGUCACAGUGGGGUCUCUUAUUCAGAUUACUACAUGCAGUGUAUGGCUAACAGUGUCUCCACCCUUCCAAAAACUAAACACCCAGUUAGAUAAUGAGAAAAUGAUCAUUGAAUGCAGUGAGGGUUCUGAUUUAACUUUUUGGUGCAUGUUGGGUUAUCUUGGACUAUUAGCCAGCAUAAGCUUUAUAGCAGCUUUCCUUGCUAGAAAACUGCCAGACAGUUUCAACGAGGCAAAAUUUAUCACCUUUGGUAUGUUGGUGUUUACCAGUGUUUGGAUUUCAUUUAUCCCUGCAUAUCUAAGUACACAAGGAAAAUAUAUGGUGGCAGUUGAAAUUUUUGCUAUAUUGUCUUCCAGCAUUGGGUUGCUUGCCUGUAUAUUUUUUCCUAAAUGCUAUAUCAUUUUGUUAAGACCUGAUCUGAAUACCAGACAAAGUAUCAUGGGCAAAACAACCAUUACCAAUAGAAAUAUUUAA